CCGUAUUUAGUGUCACCAAAUUUCAAACUACCAAUAUGAAAGUUAUUUGUGCCGGAUUUUCUAAAACUGGCACGAAGUCAAUGAAUAGGGCUUUGACUGUGUUAGGUUACAAGGUGUUUGACUAUAUUGAAAAUAUUGAAGAGCAUGGAGAUAACUGGGUAAAAAUAGCUAAAAACGAAGCUGGACUGGACCUGCUUAAAACUAUGUUUAAAGACAUUGAUGCUGGAACUGACCUACCUAUAUAUUGUUUCUGGGAGGAACUAUUACAAGCUUUUCCGGACGCCAAGGUCAUUCUAAUGGUUAGAGACAAUGAAGAUCAGUUCUGCGCAAGCAUGAUCGGUCAAAUUGAAAAUAACCAAGCGCUUAUUGGAGUUUUAUGUCAAAUACUUUCUCCAUCAUACCGCAAACUUAUGAAAAUGAAUAAAUUGCUUGCUGAACCAGGUUUUGGAUAUCUACCAGAAAAAACUUUUCAGAUUGGAUACAAAAUUAACGAGUUAUGUUUGAAACAGGCAUACAGACGACACAAUGCUUUUGUACAGGAGUGUUGUCCAAAAGAUCGCCUGUUGGUAUUCAACUGCAAAGAAGGAUGGGACCCUUUAUGCAAGUUUCUCAAUCUUCCGGUUCCUAGCGAACCAUUUCCCCAUAAAAAUAUCAAAGGCGAAAUGGCCAAAGAUAUAGUAGAAAUGAAAACUUUUAGGAAGAUAAAAGCCGAAGUUUUCUUAUCUUCUAUUUCAUUGGUUUUUAUGUUUGGCCUCGGAUCCUACUGGAGUUACCGAAAGUUUAUAAGAUUUUGAAGUGAUAAUAUAUAUAUAUAUAUAUAUAUAUAUAUACUUAAUUAAACCAGUGAUUGUUUCCGAUUUACCGCAAAAUUCAUCACAGUUUAUUGUAAUUUAGUAAAAAAUGAGACGGCAUUGACGACGCGAGUAAUUGGUCAAAUUACCAUUAAAUAUUUCGCGAAGGAGAUAUUUCAUUAAAUGAAAUUAAUUUGAAUCAAUAAACUACUGAUAUAUAAAAAAAUGUUUUAUAUCUUUUGAAAAAGAUACUUCAAGUGUAUAUGGUUGAUUAUAUCAUUAGAGUAGCGUGUAUUCGACUGCUGCUGCUUUUUCUCUGCCUUCGCAUUAGUUGAUCCAUAUACAGCAAGGAAACUGCAACAAGAAUCAAAAUGGUCGCUCA